AUGGCCCUUGUCACCUCAUUCGCGUCGUACUUCGGCACGGACGCCCAGCUCGUCAGCCAAAUCCAGGCCUGGUUCAGCGCCGUUGACACGGACAGGAGCGGACAGUUGGACCAGGGCGAACUUGGCCGUGCCCUCCAGCAAGCUGGCCUCAACUUUGGCCCGGCCACGCUGAGGCGCCUCUUGACGACUUUCGAUCUCGACCGGUCGGGCCACCUCGGCGUCAACGAGUUCGUGUGCCUCUACCAGUUCGUGCUCUCCCUCCGCAACUCCUUCGCCUCGCAGGACCGCGAUCGCUCCGGCAAGCUCGACAACUGGAACGAAAUCACUGCGGCGCUGGCCCAGGGUGGCUUCCAGCUGAGCCCGCCGGCCAUCAACAGCGUGCUGACCCGCUUCGAUCCCAACCGGGUCGGACUCACGCUCGAGGCCUUCACCGAGGUUGCCCUCUUCCUUGCCAGCCUCAGGUCAUACUUCGACUUCUACGCGCACCAGCCCAAGCCCCAGGGCUUCGGCCAGCCGCCCGCCUCGCAGGGUCCGCCCGGCAUCACACCGACCAACGCCACCAUCACCCUCAGCUUCGAUCAGCUCGCCUGCGCCACCCCCUACUUCCUGUCACCGUCGCCCGAGUCGGCGCCGGCGGGGUCGGCCCCGGUAGCGAUCCAGACCACGUCCAUCGGGGGCAUGACCAGGGUGAUGCGGUCGUCGCUGAGCGUCAUCGCGGCCGCGCCGGUCAGCUUGUGGAACUCGGUCGCGGUCCGGGGCUUGCCGAACUCGCAGGUCUUCUGCUUGGCCGCGUAG